AUGCAAAACCAGCCCCCAGAAAACCAAAAGAAGGUCUUUGACAAAGAUACAGCAGUCGUAACAAUCCAGGCCUGGUGGCGGGGCACACUGGUACGUCGGGCGCUGCUGCACGCAGCCCUCCGGGCCUGGAGCAUUCAGUGCUGGUGGCGGCUGAGACGGUCCAAGCUUCUGAGGAAGAGGCGGCGGGCAGUGCUACAGUCCUUUUCACGGGAGGAGUGGGCAGCAGUCACACUGCAGUCCUGGGCCCGCAUGUGGCGCGUCCGCCGGCAUUACUGCCAGGUGCUCAACGCUGUCCACAUCAUCCAGGCCUACUGGAGGUGCCACUCCUGUGCCUCCCGGGGUCUCAUCAAGGGCCAAUACAGAGUCACAGCCAACCAGCUGCAACUCAAGCUGGAGAUCUUGCUGGGCUCUGGGCCUUACAUUGUGACAGAGUGUAUUCCCCUCCCAAUAAAGGACUGAAGUGGUCUUUUCCA